GAUCCGCCCCGCAGGCAGAGAUCGUUUAACCGAGGAAGUGGUGCAACGUCGUCCCGCUCGGUAGUUGCCGCUCUUCGUCCCGUGCGGCCCUAACCGCAAGGCGGCGGUAGCAACAGUUGUCCCGUUCGGCCGGCCGCCCGUUCACCCCCAACUUUGCGAGGAAACCUCAAUUAAAACGAUCCACGGCUUCUCGGAAAUACGACGCACACAUGCGCGGGCUUGGUGGCGUUCCUUUAUCGCAGCCACCGAGCACCACGCGCAGCGAGAUCUCUCGUCUAACUAGAACCCGAUAGGGGGCGGCAACGUAGCUUGUCUUUUGUGUGUUUCUAUCCCGCCACCGAAGCUUGCCUCUGCUUUAUUAAAGAAGCAAAACGACAGGCCAUUCACUCCGGGCUUCUUUCAUUCCUUCUUUCCCGUCAUCGAUGAGAGCACAGCGCGUCGCCCAUAAAAGGCGGCACUAGUUUUUUUCAUCUUUUUUUUUUUUCACUUCGCACACUAACGUCUCGGCCGUGCAUCGCUAGGCGCGAGAGGAACAUCACACGCCCGUUCGGCCGCCCCCUUAAACGAGGCCCCCCUGGAUAUAGCUGGCCGAGCUAGCAAGCAGCCAGGCAUGCUUGGCUGUAAGCGCCCGCCGUGGCAUAAUCGCUUCUCUCAAAGCGGAUGUCUGCGCUCCGCAAGAUUUGGGUCACGGGGUUUCUUCGCCGCCCCAUCUACCCCCUUUUUUCUUUGUUUCUUUUUCCUCGUGCUUGUUUCGCAUAAGUGCAGCUCUUCUGAUUUUUUACUUUGAUAGUCGUAGCCACCCUACCGCUUCGCAACCGCUCGCCUUCGAAGUUUUUUUGAGAACUGGUCGCCCAGAGAAUAUCUCGCGAAGGAGGAGGAAAGAGAGAUUGAGAAAGAGGAUGGAAUUCAUUUGAACAUCUCCCGCGGUCCAUACCUGUCCCCUCUCCCGCUCAAGCUCCUCACUUUCGGUCACCAGUCGACUCGGAGGUGUAUGCGGCCGUGCGCCUGUUGUCAGGACUUUCGGUUUCCACGGCUUUUGUGCUCGUUCUGCGUCGUGUUUUCCACGCUGACACUGGACGCCCUCCCUCCCCAGUCCCAACACCGCACUAUGUCGAAAAAGCGGAGAGGAGGCUUAAGUGAGAAAAGCACUUCUGCUGCGCGCGUGCGACGGUGUGAGGCGCGCGUUCCGCCACUCUGCUGUUUUCGGUAGCGCGUCGUCGUCUGCUCCCUUCUCCGUGCUUCACAGUUGUGCGUCCGCACCCCCUUUGUUGUGUUUCGUUCGGCUUCGCGCGUCGUCUGCUCUGGUCGUCUGGGACGCCUUCGACUAGCCGGUCGUCUGCCAGCCGGUCACGUUCCCAGUCGAGGCAGGCUUUCUUUCUGAGAGCCAUGGGGAGGCAGCUGGCAGGCGGCGGGGGCGCGACGUCCCAUCCCGUCCCGGCGGCCGUCACCGUCCUGCUGCUCCUGGUCAUCGCCAUCCUGGGCAGCCAUCCUUGCCGAGGACAAGGGGACACCGAGGCGAGCCUGGUGCGAUGCAACGACACCUGUGCCCCGAGGCCUUCCAAGCUCGUCGUCGACUACGAAAACGGCAGCGGCAACUGGUCCGGCUCGACGACGACGCCGUACUCGUACCCGGACAACCCGUUCCAGCGCUCCAACGUGUGCCGAUGCGACGCGGCGUGCGUCAAGUUCGGAGACUGCUGCCGGGACGCGCCCGCGCUCCUGGAGGCCACAUCCGACGGCAGGGACCCCGUGGUCGAGUGGGAGUGCGUGCGCGUGCGCAGCGACAUGCAGGCGACCUGGGUCCGACGCGCCUGCAAACCCGGCUGGGACGGACCCGACGAGGUGCGGGUCAAGUGCGAGCGCGGCGCCGACGCCCGCAUCACCGACCCGAACGGCAUGGCCCCCGUGACGUCGCCGCGGACAAACGUGACGUACGCCAACGUGUACUGCGCCGCCUGCAACGACGACCUGAACGACACCCGCCGCUGGCAGGUAAACCUUGAUUGCAAGGAGUUCUACGGCCUCAUCAACAUGACGGGCGAGGACAUUCGAAACAAUAUUGAGCUGGAUCCCACAAACUCCAGUUGGGGUGUGUGGUUUACGGCUCCGGGAGACUUCCGACGGUUUUUCGCCUGUGUCUUGGAGUAUGCGCCCCAGAACCUGUCCAGCGUGUACACCUGCAAUUCUUUUGUAUCGACAUGUGAUCCCAGCUGGGCCGGCACAGAGACCGAGAAGGAGUGCAAGUCAUACCAGUCAGUGAUCAACGUCUACGGCGUGAACUACCGCAAUCCAGAGUGCAUGGUUUGUAACAAUGACACUGCUCCACACCAGAUCUGUGGCUUCUACAGCGACACCAGCUUCGUUAGCCCCCGCGGUUUCAGUUUCAGCAUCCUCAUGGAUGUCAGCCCAUCAGCAGGCAACAUUGUUGGCAAAAAGAGCCUUUGCAACAAAGGAGAGCUGUACGACCCAUUCUACAAGGUCUGCCGGAACGUUCUAUGUGGCGUGACAGGCUAUGUCCUCGACGGUGACAAGUGCAUCAAGGAUGAAAACGAGAUCGAGCCGAGGAGCGGCAAUGGUACCAUCUUCUACACCCAGGAGUUCCUCGCAUGCCGAAAGACUAUGUUGAACAAGGGAGAGUACAUGAUACGGCCCAACGGCUACCUCUACGCCACGCGCUACGACCGUGACUUUGCUCCCGACAGCUACUUGCUGGAAGGCGACCUUCGGGCCCUUGUAUGCAUAAUCUUCAACGGAACCAACGAGAUAGCCAAGUUUUCCAGGACCAUGGGCUAUGUCUCCGCCGUGGGACUAGGUGUGUCAAUUUCCUGCCUCGUGGCCCACCUUGUUGUGUUCUUCCUGGUGCCUGAUGUGAGGAACCUCUCCGGACAAAACCUUGCCUGCCUCUCUGCAUCGCUUCUCGUCGCUUACCUGAGCUUUCUGUUUGGCAUGAUUGGUGAACCACCCGCACGAGCUUGCCAGGCGUCCGCUGUCACCACGUACUACUUCUUCCUCGCGUCCUUUUUCUGGAUGAGCACGAUGGCGUUCGACGUGUGGCGGACCCUGCGUGUUGCCACGCGAGAACUGCGGGUCAGCUCCGGUACGCAGUGGCGGCGUUUCUUUUUCUACAGUCUUGCCUCAUGGACUCUUCCCGCCAUAAUUGUUGGCCUUGCAGUCUUCUUUGACGACCGCGCCUCUGGUAUGCCCGAGGACUUGAGACCUCUGUUUGGGCGCCACGGCUGCUGGUUUGGGCAGCGGAAAGCUCUUCUCAUCUUCUUUGCUGGGCCCGCUGGUGCAUUGAUGCUCCUCAACAUCACUCUCUUCACCUCGACUGCCAUCAUGGUAAUCAGUUCGACAAAGUCCAGCGUCAAGCGCUCUGGCAGCGCUGCCAGGCGCAACUUCAGUCUUUAUGUUCGGCUCUCCACCAUGAUGGGCCUCACCUGGACGCUGGGUCUCGUUGCUGGAUACCUCGAUGUCGAAGCGCUGUGGUACCUCUUUGUCCUCUUUAAUGCAUUCGAAGGGCUUCUCAUAUUCCUCUGCUUCUCCUGCACCCGCAAGGUUUGGACAUACCUGAGGGACAACGUGCUUAUGUGCAUCAAGCGCGAGCCAUACCGUACGGGCACACUCAGUUCGGGAUCUGGGUACAACUCCAACAGCACUGGAACGACGAGCUCGGGAUUCUCACGCCGGGCGUCGCCCCGCAGCUCGACAAACUACAAGCGCACGGCACCGUACCUUGGUAAGAAGACCAGCAUGGACAUGUACUAGGACUUCUUUUUUUUCUUUUUCUCCUGCAACACUUGUUGUUAAGCCAAGUGCAAGUAUCGUUAUGGUGUUGCUCUUUGGCAUACACGAGCACCGCAUUCUUGUCAUGUGUUGAUGCGGAGUUGCCACAAGCCUCAUCUUUGCUUCUCCAGCGAACGCCCUUGUAGCUGCCUCCGCUGAUGACGUUAUAGUGUUCCUAUCCCAUGCGUGGUUCCUGAAUCUCAUCCAUGUCGUAUUUAUCGUUGAGCCAUCGACACCUUUUAACCUAUGCUCCCGUAACGGUCAAG